AUGGAGCAUUCCGGCAGCCGGGCCCCGUUGGAUCCUGAAGGCGCGGGUGCUCGAACACAGGACUCUUUUCGCGUCUUCUACAGCCAAGAUGAUGUGAAUGGAGGCAAGCUGUACAUAGGCGAAAAGCUCAAGUCCAAAGUUGUGCGUAAGCUUCACUCCCUGUCCAUUGAGGAAGGAAACGCGCGAAUAGCGGAGUCUUCAGACAGUGCAUUGGAGGAAGGCACGUCCGAUGCCUCUCGCGAGGGCUCUUUUGCGCCCUCUCCACGUGCGUCUUCUGCAAGAGCAGCUGAGACUGUAGAGUGCCCUAAGGUACUAUCAGGAGAGAGCGCUCGGGAUGUCGCCGCCCACAAGGACGAGCCAAUGGUGUCGAUAGCGGGGCCUCGUGACCACGCCUCUGCGGAAGCGAAAUCGAUCGAUAACAGGACUUGGGGCGCAGCGCGGAGCUCAAAAGAUCUCUCGUUAGAUGAUCCGAUCAGACCCGUUGUAUCUGCACAUCCAGUGGAAGCGCAUUCGGAUCGACAUACGUUUGCGUUCGAGAACUUGAGCAGUCGCCCGCACAUCAGAGAGUCUCGUCCAAAGUUCAUCUCGAAGUACGUACUUGGGGCUCGCCUUGGCGAGGGCGCCUACGCCAAAGUCAAGGAGGCCAUGGAUACGACCACGCUUAGAAUCGUUGCUUGCAAAAUUGUUGACAAACGCUUCCUACGCAAAGUGCGCGGUGGCCUCGAAAACGUCCGACGUGAGAUCGCCAUUAUGCGGUCGCUGGAUCAUCCAAACAUUGUGCGCUUGCUAGAUGUUAUUGAUGGUGAGGAUUCGAUGAAACUCUACAUAUUCAUGGAGCUCAGCAACGGAUGCACUGUUCAGGAGCUCAUGGAGCGUGCACCUCAAAAGCGGCUACCACCUGGACAAGCCCAGUCUUUUUUCGCGCAACUGAUCGAAGGACUUGCAUAUAUUCAUUCUCGGAAUAUCGUGCACCGAGACAUCAAACCCUCGAAUCUUAUGCUUGCCACGGAUGGUGUUCUGAAAAUCGCGGACUUUGGUGUAGCCGAAUUUCUCGACAAAUUCGAUGCCGAGGGGCGUAUCACGAGGACCGUUGGCUCGCCUGCAUUCCAGGCACCAGAGAUUGCGCGGGGUAAUGGCAUGUUUCUGGGGCGAAAAGUCGACGCCUGGGCUGCCGGCGUCACGCUCUACAUGAUGCUUACUGGCGAGGCGCCUUUCAAAGGAUCCAAUCAGUUUGAACUCUUCCGCAAUAUAGGCCGGGGCGAGUUUCAUAUGCCAUCUGAUUUGAUCGACGAGGAAUGUCAGGAUCUCUUGCGGAGACUCAUGGAAGUGAAUCCCGAAGUCCGGAGCACCGUCGACGACCUUCGUGAUCACAACUGGUUGCGAAAACGCUACGACGAUGAGCAUGCAUGGAUUCCGAUUCCGCGACGUCAUCCCAAAAUCCUCGACAUGGUCUCUCGCCUGUACGAAGACGAUCCCGAGAUGUCGACUCAGAGCACGAGUCCCAUCGAGUCAGACGCCGAGAAGAGCAGCGUGCAACGAGCGCAAAGACCCACAUCCAUCGUCACCACCCAACUUGGUGAUCGUCGGAGCAUUACGAAUGAGGGAGCAGCAGAACCUACUCUGGAACAGGGCGAAUCCGGAUCUCCUGGAGAGAGCUCAUGGCGCAAACGAUGUACUUUAAUGUAG